GUCCUUUAUAUAUGAGAAGAACCCUAAUCUAAUCGUCACUCACGUCUCCACUCCGCUUCGACUCUCCGCUCCGUACCACUCUCUUCUGCACUCAUCUGCUUCUCAGGCUCAGCUCAGCUCCGCUCCGGAUCCAUGGCGAAGAUCAAGAUCGGCAUCAACGGGUUCGGAAGGAUCGGCCGUCUCGUCGCGAGGGUCGCCCUGCAGAGGGAUGACGUCGAGCUCGUCGCCGUCAACGAUCCAUUCAUCACCACCGAUUACAUGACCUAUAUGUUCAAGUAUGACAGUGUUCACGGUCAGUGGAAGCACCACGAACUGAAGGUCAAGGACGAAAAGACCCUCCUUUUCGGCGAGAAGCCUGUCGCUGUUUUUGGGAUCAGGAACCCUGAGGAGAUCCCGUGGGCUGAGACAGGAGCUGAAUACAUUGUCGAGUCCACUGGUGUGUUCACCGAUAAGGACAAAGCAGCUGCCCACUUGAAGGGUGGUGCCAAGAAGGUCGUCAUUUCUGCCCCGAGUAAGGAUGCUCCCAUGUUUGUUGUGGGUGUCAAUGAGAAGGAAUACAAGCCUGACCUUCACAUUGUAUCCAAUGCUAGCUGCACAACCAACUGCCUUGCUCCACUUGCAAAGGUUAUCCAUGAUAGGUUUGGUAUCGUGGAAGGUCUCAUGACCACUGUCCACUCCAUCACAGCCACACAGAAAACUGUUGAUGGACCAUCAAUGAAGGAUUGGAGAGGUGGCAGAGCUGCCUCAUUCAACAUCAUUCCUAGCAGCACAGGAGCUGCCAAGGCUGUUGGGAAAGUAUUGCCAUCACUCAAUGGAAAGUUGACUGGAAUGGCUUUCCGCGUCCCCACUGUUGAUGUUUCAGUGGUAGAUCUUACUGUCAGACUUGAGAAAGGAGCCACUUAUGAUGAGAUCAAAGCUGCCAUCAAGGCGGAAUCUGAGGGAAAACUGAAGGGAAUUCUUGGUUACACCGAGGAUGAUGUGGUUUCAACUGACUUUGUGGGUGACAACAGGUCAAGCAUCUUCGAUGCCAAGGCUGGAAUUGCUUUGAACAAGAACUUUGUUAAGCUUGUCUCUUGGUAUGACAACGAAUGGGGCUACAGCACUCGUGUCAUUGACUUGAUCUGCCACAUGGCCUCUGUCCAGUAAGAGUGCUCUCAGGGUUAGAUUACCGUCGAUGAUGGAAGGGGGAGCACUGUUGCUACCGAUUGUUGUUUAUGCAUAACUAGUGAGAGAGGCAAGCAAACUGCUCAUGAAGUAAUGGAGGACUGCCUAUGAUGAUGGCAUAGAAUGAUGUUUUGUUUUUGUUUUUUGUUUCUGUUUUGUGACCUAGUUCUAUAUUUCUCCAUCUCGAAAGUCGGCUGGGUGUGUUCUAAGAGUGGUUUUUGGUAAUAAUUUCGACUCUAUGUUGGUCUCGUUCAGCUACUUAUAUUACCUACCCUCUCAGUGUUUUUUAAUA